AUGGUCAGGUCUAAGGUGGACCCAGAGCAGGCGCAGAAGGCCAUCGAGGCUGUCCGCAGCGGCGCAAUGUCUCUCCGGGCUGCUGCACAGGCCUAUGGCGUGAACAAGCGCUCUCUCUCUCGCCGGCUGACCGGUGAUGAAAGCAUGGAUGCAAAGGUUGGUCCAAGGACUGUACUCACAGUCGAGGAGGAAAGUUUUGUUGAAGAUGCACUGCUGUAUGCUGCUCGUCACUUCAUCGGGAUCGACCGGACCGCGCUGCAAGAACAUGUGCGCCAGCUGUGCAAUGACGGUCGCGAUAUCCCGUGGGAUGCAGCAGUCGGCCCGGGGCGAUCAUGGCUAGACGGCUUCUUCAAGAGGCAUCCUGCGCUAUCGGAACGCAGCGCCCGCAUCUACGAGGCCAACAGAAUCAUGAGUGACGACGAGACUCGCCUGCAGACGUUCUACAAGGACUUUGGCGAGUUCGUUGACAAGGAAAAGAUCCCUGCCGAUCACCUGUGGAACACAGAUGAGACAGGUAGCACUUCACAAGGCACCAAGACAAUGAAGGUGAUUACGGAGAGCGGACAGAAAGUGGGUGGAGCGAUGCGUUCAAACUCGAGAGAAAACGUGACGGUGGUGGUCACCAUCAGCGCGGCGGGUGCCACCCUCGCCCCGUGGAUCAUCUACAAAGGGCAGCGUCUGCAAGCGGACUGGGUCAAAGGCAGAAACGGCCCUCCGAACGCGAGACUGGCAGUCAUCGAUUCCUCGUUCAUGCAGGGGACCGUAUUCGUCAACUACAUUCGCGACUUUCACCGGCAGCUUCUAGACCGCGGCUUGAUCAACGGCACGCCACACGUGCUCGUGCUUGAUGGCCACGCCUCGCAUGUUACCUACGAAGUUGUAAAAUUGGCCAGGGACCUAAACAUCGUCCUUUACCAGAUACCGUCCCACUCGUCUCAUGUUGUUCAGCCCUUGGACGUCGGGUCGUUCGGGUCAUUCAAGCGGGAAAUCACCAAGGUUCUCUCGGCCUUCCCGGCACGAAACGGCGGAAGGGUGCCCGCGAAGAGCGACAUGUUGGGCAUUCUUGGGGAUGCUUGGUUGCGGAGCUUUUCCGAGGAACGGAACACAUCAUCCUUUGCAGGGGCAGGCCUUUGGCCGGUGGACGGGGAGCGGGCGAUGGGUCGACUUCAAGGUGUAGGGAAGAGGAAGGAACGAUCAGGUGCCCGCCCGCCCGUUGAGGACAUCACAGGGGCGAUUUCCGACAAGCAUCUUGCCGACAACCUCGGCCCACGAACGGUUCGCGAGCUGCAGCAAAAGGGCUAGUGCGUCAAGGGCAUCCUUAUCAACACGGUCAUGCUCGGAGCCUUCGUCAAGGCGAAAAAGAAGCAGAAGAGGCUCGCCAUCACCCGCAAGUCGCAAGGUCUCCCGGAAGGAGGGGUAAUCACGUGCGAUGACGUCAUGCAAAAAUACCUCGAAGACGAACGCCAGAAGGUGGAGGCCGAGGAAGCUCUGAGAGAAAAAAGAAUGGCACGGGAGAUCAAGAGGGUAGCGAGGGAGGAUGCGAGCUUGGAACAGGGGGCAAACCGCGCAGGGCGUGGGCAUGGGCGGGGAGGAGGGCGAGGCGACACAGGGGGUGAAGGCUCUAGUGGGCGGGGACAGGGACCGGACGGAGGCAGAGGGGGGCGGGGGCGGGGGCUUGAAGGAGGUCAGGGGGGGCGCGGGCAGGGGGGGGAGGAAGAGAGAGGGCGCCGGGCUGUUGUUGGUCGUGGGCGUGUAGUUGGCCGAACGGCGGGCGGUAGAGGGGCGGUGGGUGGGCGGGGAGUAGAAAGUCGACCCGAGGCGGCGGCCGGCGGGCGAGAGGGAGGUCAGGGGCAAGGGCGGGGGCGAAGAGAAGGAAGGGGCGGGCGUGGGAGGGGCGGCGGGUGGGGUGGCGUUCGUGAUCAAGUGGGGGGGGGGGUUGUGGCGAAUGCCACUGGGCGGGGUGCUGGUCGUGGUCGUGUGGUCGGAGGGGUAGUGGGGAAUGCCGGCGUAUCCAGGUCAGGGCGAACGCUGACGCCGGCACGCGUAGUCGACGUGUCGGUUUUUCUGUACCGAUCCGAACUCAACCUAGUUUGAUUCCAAAUCGGUUGAAAGCGCCCUUGGAAUUGGCAAGGAGUCAGCAAUCAAGUGGUUGGAGUUUUUUUUGGAGCGUCGAGCAGUUCUGCGAUUGUACGAGGCCACGCUGUACCGUUCUAGCGGUUUGAAUCAGGUUCUGACUGGAAAAUCCGGGGAUGUGACCACUCUGUCCCCGGUUGGGGACUCCUCCCCCACGUUUGAAUUCACUUGCUCCUUGCUUUAGUGUCGAGGUCUGUGUCAAACGGCGAAUCAUGGGGUGAAAGCGAAGCGAUGCAGCGUCGUGCAUUUCGGGACUGGGGGUUGCCGUAGACGGACGCGAACACCGGUAAGUGCGCCCGCUUCUUA